GCUUUUAGUCAUCCGUUGUCGUUCAUUCGUGGCUGUUGGGUUGGAAGAUUUUUCUCAAGAAGUGAGGGCUGAUCAAUCCGCGUUCGCGUUUUGGGUGUGUUUUUAUUGAUGAAAAUAAUCCGUUCGUGAUGAAAGUCUCCAUUUUUAUAGUGAUUAAGUGAUAACGUUGUGAAAAGUCGUUUCAAUUUUAGUGACACUAGCGACGAGGAGCGUCCAUCGUAACGAGAGCAAAACAAAGUUUUCCUUGUGGAUUGUCUUGUCAUCAAAUUCCGUUCAACAGAAUUUUCAGUUUUAAAACUUGAUCUAAAGCAUUCAAUUUACAAUCAUUUUAAUGUGCUUAGUGAAUCCUUGAUGUGAACAAUCGAAGUGUGCAAAUUUCAACAUAAUUCUUAGUGAAAACGACAGAGAAAAAUCCACUUUUCGAUCAACUUGGAGUAUACACAGAGAUCCAGCCAAGUCUGCUGCUGCUGAUGCUGUUGUUACCACCACCGUGACGUGAAAGUGGGGAGCCAGCCAAUCCAGUCGUCGUCUUCGGUUUUUCGCAGACUACAGCACAGCACAGUUGGAGUAAAGGGAGUGCUUUGAGAGACGACGACGGUGUGAAUCUCUCGUUUCUCGACAACGCGAACAAGAAUGAUGCCUCCUAGCCUGCAGCAGUGCUUUGUGUGCUUCCAUAGAGAGUAGUGUCGAGUUUGCGAAGGCGCGGUGCAUCUACAGUUUCGCAGUGUUUAACGCGCAGUGCCACGGAAAACAUGCUGAAUGAGAGCAAAGUGUGUGCAUUUUUCUUACAUAUUCACAAAACAGAAAUGUGAACCGCGGUGAACAAGCUCAGUGGAAGGAAGCAAAGAAACCAAUAAAAGCGAAAAUUGUUGCUCAAUUGAAGUGCUCUUGAAUAAGCCCCGUAUGAUAUCAUUCGCCAAUCAAAAAGCCGCCUUCAGUGGUUGUCGUAUUGUAUAGCUACAUACCUACUGCUAUAUCGUCAUAGUGUCGAUUCAAGGCGUGGAGUGUUUUUUGUAUGAUUAAUUCUCGAGCGAACGGCGUUUGUGAAGGUGUCUGGGGCUAAUGAUUAGUAUUUGCCUCGGGAUGAUGUCGAAGUAUGCUGUGCAGUGAAUGAAACACGAAACCCAAGAUAGGAACCGAAAAGAAAGGUGUAUCAAAAGAAGAAUUUGCAUUUAAACGUUCUUGCUUCUACGAACGUAUUCCCGGAAACCAGGUUGCUGCCGCGACAUUCUUCAACAGCGCCAGCCAGGCCCGUUCUUUCUAAAUAGUGCGAUGCUGAUGUUUGCGUGUUUUCGGUUUCCGAACAAAAUUUGAAUGUGUACGUGCCGCGGUUUAAGUCUACGUCUGUGCAAUCUUGCGACGAUCCAAAGUGCCCCAACCCAGAAUGGUUUGUUUACAAUUUGGUAAUAGUGUCUCAAUGAUGGUGGUUAUUGGCGAGAACCGGUUCUAGAAGUGAAAUCAAUCAGUGUGCAACGUUGUUUGCUAUGUUAGAAUAGAUUAUUCAACAGUGAAAUCGUGGUGUCAGGAAAGUCAGGAAAUAAAUCAUGAGCGUGUUUAGUGAUUUCCAGCGAAUGUGGGUGCAGCGGUUCCCACAGAGCUCGCUGUCCGAUGCCUGGGAACAAGACGUUAGGGCCAGUUUGGCACGUCACAAGCAGAAGAUUUCCGAACUGACCAAGGAGUUGGAGCAGGAAACUCUGUACGUGGAAUACUUGGAGCGAUUGCUAAGUGACGUGGAGAAAUUCCGCGAUGCUGGUGGGGAUCCAUCGGCGCUAUUUGAAGCAAACACGCCGGCCUCGGCAGCUAAUCUAUUGGCCGGCAGCAAAGACGAGGAUAAGGAUAAGCCAAGCGGCGAUGGAGAACCAGAUCAGGGAUCAAUCAUCAAAGCAGCUGCACAACAGCACACAAGUAACGACAAAGGCACCAACGGUGCCAGCACUGCCGAGGAUGAUGCCUCGGGCGAUAAAGACCACAGCACCUCUGCCGGCCUGGUGGCCUUGCGCAGGGACAAUCAGCAUAAAGAUAGUGCACUGAAUCAGUGCAUCAAUGAGCUUACUUCGAAUCUGCAUCAGCGUCGCUGCGUCAGCAGUGACAUUUCAUCCCCCACCAAAUCCUUGUCGAUGUCCUCCUCCUCCUCGCCUACGUCGACAAUGGUCACAUCAUCCUCCGAAAAGACUGGUGUACCAAAUAGUGCCAACCUUAGCAAUCACCCACAAGACAACGCUUCAGAAAGCGGACAAUCCCGCUCACGACGUUCCAGUCAAAGCGAUGCACUCCUAUCAUCCCCCAGUCAUUUUGUAACCGUAAUUGAAGUUAAGGAAUCUUCCGAAAAUGCUUCCAAGGCGGAAGAAUCGAAACGUAACUCAAGUGCUGCCGCAACACCGGCUCUGCCGGUAAAAGCCACUAGUGACAAUAGUAAUAACAAUCCAACCACAAUCAUCCAAUCCACGACCACUGCCUCCGGCAAGCCCAACAAUUACGAAAAUGUAUUGAUCAACACAAAUCGGGGCAGUUGUGAAAAUCUGAACAACAAUAGUGUUCACCAUGGCCACAUGCUGCAGCACCAGUCAUCACAGCAGAACAACAACAACAACAAUUCGGUGAGCGAACACAGCACAUUCCUGACGGAUGCAGGGCCAAAGCAUCCGAAACCAUCGGCACCGCCCUUGAUGGGCUCGUCGAUUGCCGAACGAACGUCACAGCUUAUAGGCGGCGGACCGGACCUCAAGAAGAAGGUUCCACCACGACCUCCUCCGAAAUAUCCUCGAAGGGCGGCGCCGGUCGAACCUCCAGUUAUUCCUGCAGCCGCCAUGCACAACCUACGGAGGGACCAAUCAUCGGACGGUACACCGGAUAGUCCCGGCAGUUCCCUGGAACGCAACAUCAAGCCAUCGGAAAUAUACCGACAGAAAUCGUCCGACUCGUUGGACGUUAAGCUGGGUUCGCGAUCUUCCAAAGCGUCGGCCGAAUUGACGGAGGAGUUCGGCAAAAAGCUACUACCAAAGUCUGAUAGUCUCAAAUCGAAGGCAUCCAGCACCGAUAGUCCGACGGGAUCGUUGGGAAAAAAUGUUGGUGCUUCACCGACCGGAAGCCUUGGGAAGCUGGCGCACACCACCGGCAGUAGCGAUAGCCCUACGGGGAGUCUAGGCAAAAUGAGCCACCAAGCCAACGAUAGUUUGCAGUCGGUAGGCUCGAAAGAGUCGUUGGCAUCUGCGGGUGGCGGGACAGGUGCUAUUUCUGAAAGGAUAAAGAGCUACGAAUCGAUUUCAUCGCUCAGUUCGGAUAGCAUGCGGGUAGGACCAGGUGCGGCGCAGGCCGAAACGGAACACUACUACGAUACGGUUCCGUUGGAAAAUGGCGACGGAGACUAUGUAUACAUUCAGGCCGGCGGUACCGGAACCGGCUCCACAUCUAGUCGAGAUGAUAUCUCAACGGCGGGUAGCACGUUACCCAUGCCGGUUUCGCACCCGCGGAGUCACAACAGUAGUCAGACGAGCGUUCAGCUAGAACCAGAAUCUCCGGGACGAAGUUCCAACUAUGUCAAUAUUGAUUACUUCAUCCAUUCCAUUUGUGCUGGUAGCAGUCAGAAUCACGAACACCGUACCAGUUCAAUCGAUAGCGACGGAGAGGCCGACGGUGGGCCACCAGUGCUACUGCGUGCAAUCUCCAACGAGACGGAUUCCGGUCAAUCCGGACUCGGGAUAUUUCGAAAGAUUUCUAACGCUAACCGCAACACAAUCAUCCGGCACAUCGUGACCAGUAUUAUUACCAGCGAAACGCUGUACGUCGAGUGUCUGAACAAAAUGAAGCAAUACAUGAAGGCGAUUCGGGCCACUCUGACUACGUCUCAACCUGUGAUAUCUGAAGAGGAAUUUCAGACGAUAUUUUUUAAGAUUGAAGAACUGCACGAAGUGCAUUCGGAAUUUCUGAACGAACUGAAGAUCAAACAGCAACCGCUGCCCGACGGCGAGGAUCUUUGCGUUGGAGAGGUGUUUCGGCGCCUGGCGAGUCACAUACACCUGUACGGAGCUUUCCUGCAUAACUAUGGCCGGGCGAUCGACACGGUGAAGAAGUGCAGUACCCACAGUCAACAGUUCAAGGAAAUUGUCUCCAACAUAGUAUUCAAGAACCAAAACGAACAAUCGCUUUCGCUGGAAGAGCUCCUACACAAACCAGUUGCUCGGGUACAGAAGAACGCUCUGGUGCUGGAGGAUUUGGUCAACCAGACGCCAGAACAGCAUCCGGAUUAUCACCCCCUGCGGCAAGCAUCCAAAACCAUUCGGACCUUCCUGUCCGAAUUCAAUGUAGUGCAAACCAAAUCCAUGUUUCCGAGUGACGACAAGGCUCUUCGUCGUCUGGUGAAAAACUCCUUCAUCGUUGAACUGGCGGAUGGCCACCGGAAGUUGAGGCAUCUGUUCCUGUUCAACGACGUUAUCGCUUGUGCCAAAUAUAAAGCCGCCGGACGGGACCGCAACGGGUUCGAGUUCGAGCUGAAGUGGUUCAUUCCACUGAAAGACAUUGUCAUCUGUGAGGAAUCUGCCAACGAUCCGAAGGAAACCAGUCCGAUCAACAUCGUUCAUCUGAAGUCGCAGGCCUGCACCGUACGGGAUCAAAUCAUGCUGGACGAGAAGGACGAACGGAAGCAACGGGUCAGUGGAUCGAGGGCUGGCGAUAAACAUCGGAAAAAGUUGGCCGAUUUGGAAGCCCAGCUGGUACUGGCAUCGCCGAAUCUGGUGUUUAAAAUUGGGAACAAAGCCACUGGGAAGACGAUGACGUUUUUCCUCAGCUCGGACUUUGAGCGGACGCAGUGGAUCGAGUCGAUUCUGACGUUACAGCAAUCAUGCAACCUGCCGGGGCAAGUUCCAGUGCAAAUCUAUGACCUUCAGGCGUGGAUAACCGCCUGCCAGGCGCUCAUCAAAACCGAAAUGGGUUCCUAUCUGAUGCGGAACGCCCGCGACGAAAGCCUACUGGUGGGCGAUCUGCACCUCACGAUACAGAGCCUCAGUGGGUUCGAGCAGCCGUGUGAUCUCUUCAUCUGCGUGGAAAUCGACUCCUACGGACACUACUUCCGCAAGGCGAAGACGAAACUGGUCUGCCGCAGUGCUUCACCCAAUUGGAACGAGUCGUUUGUGCUGGAGCUGGAGGGCAGCCAGAACCUUCGGAUAUUGUUGUACCAGGACGAUGUCCAGAGGCCCAUUCUGAGAGCGAAGCAGAUUUUAAAGCUAAGUCGACAAUGGCUCCAGGAAGCGCCCAUGACGAAGAUUCUGAAGCUCUCGGAAACGCUUGCCCUCAGUACGGUGAUACGGUUUGUCCCGGGUGAAGUAACUCUGCGACGAGUGCCUACGUCGAAGCCUGGUGCGCUGUUCGGUGCCAAAUUACAACAAGUCAUCAAGCGCGAGAAACGUGACAUUCCAUUCAUCGUGAGUGCAUGUGUGCGAGAGGUCGAACGACGGGGCAUGUCCGAGGUGGGCAUUUACCGGGUAUCCGGUUCGGCGUCCGAUGUGGCCAAGCUGAAGAAAUCGUUCGAGACGAAUGCCUACGAGGCCGAACAGCUGCUCAAGGAGGUGGACAUCCACUCGGUGACCGGUAUCCUCAAGUCGUACCUGCGCGAUCUGCCGGAAGCCCUCUUCACCGAUCAGUAUUAUCCGAAGUUCUUCGAAACGUUCAAUCGCCAUUCGAAUCUUAACGAGGCGUCACGGAUCGAGGCGCUACAGAAGAUUUUCGUUGAACUGCCACCACCGAACAAGGCGACCAUCAACCUACUGCUGGACCAUUUGAUGCGGGUGCACCAGCAAGAAAUCGAAAACAAGAUGUCGCUGCAUAACCUGGCGAUGGUCUUCGGCCCGACGUUGCUGCGGCCUGGCCCAACGACGACGAAGCAGAAAGAUUUGCUCGAGUCCAGCACGGCCGACGUGAUGACCCAAGCCGGCAUUCUUUACAGCUUUCUUCAAGCCAGACUGAAGUGAAUGAACACAUUUCUAUUGCAAUUACAUGAUACUGCUGCUGACUACUACAUGGAUAAAUAAGGGUAUGUAUGAAUACAAUUUACUUUUUUCUAUCGUAUUACUGAUAGUAGUGAUAGUAUUUAUUAAGUAUUGCGAGUUUGCAAAGAAUGUUAUCGAAACAAAAGACAGUUGGAUUGAUUUAACUAAGUUAGACUGCUUUGGUUCGGUUCUAAAGAUAUCGAAUUAGUGUGAGAAAUCCGCGCUGCUAGACUUCGUUAGCAAAUUAUUUCAUAAAGGCCGAUUCAUCGUUCUUCGGUUAUGUUCUGUCUUUUCUGCUGUAAGCAAAUUUUGUUUUACAAAACUACUUUAGCAAUUUGAUUUGCUGAUUCAUCGAGACGUUAUAUGUUUAUGUUAGUCUUAUUUAAAAUAUGGAACUGUUAAUUUUAAAAUCCACCAUGUGUAAGAACAUAACCAAAAUUUAGUCACACUUUGUUUUCAUUUCCCCUGUAAAUUUUUAUUUUCUUGUAUAUUUGCUUUGGUUGUAUAUAUUAAUGGUUUGAAUUAGUUUUUAAAGAAAAUGAAACAGUCAUAAAUACUUCUUGGCAGUUAUUUAAGAAGAUGGCCUUCCAGGCAGAGUAUAGAUGUGUUAUAGAAAUAGUUUGGAAUGAGUUGUUCUGAAAAUAUAUAUAAUAUAGGUUCAAACGCGCGAUAAAAAAAAAUCAAGUACAUUCGCAUUAUUCAAUAUCGUUACAAGCAUAGAUCUAUUAAUCAUGUGUAUUCCUUAAUGCAAUUUACAAAUUGAGUUAGGUUCUGCCAUUAUAUGUCAGAAUUGACUGCAAAAGUUAAAGCUCCUAAAUUUAAUACUGGCAAUAUACAUACAAUCAAGUAUCUUCUUAUUAACAGCCAAAAUUAUUGAUCCUUGAUCAAAACACACACACACACAGCAUUUGCGAAUGUAAUAAAUGCAAUCUUCAUAUGCGAAAUUAUUAAAACAUAAGUAAAUAUUUCUUGGACACAACUUAUUUCGUAAAAAAGCAUCAACAAUAUCGGUAUUUACCAGAGGCAACACAGUAUGCAACUGUAUGACCCAAUAGCAACAAAACGUAUUAUAAUUAUGUCAUAUUAAGACAUUACACACACACACACACAUACAAUGGCAAAUUAGUGCUGAAUUUAUAUAGUAGGACCUUUUCCUCCAUGCAUAAGGAAAAUCGCAAAAUAAAGCGAAGUUUUCGUAUUGUGAACAGUG